AUGUAAUAAGCAUAAUAGAAUGGAAAUGUUUAAGGAGCUUCUUAAACUUCUCCACCUUAGUUGCCUUCUUAGAAUUAGCAAAUUUUAAAUUUAAAUGCUUAGCAGUAACAAUAAUAAAAUAAUUUGCACUAAAAUCAACAAUAACAGGACAUUUUACAAUAAAACUUAUAAAUAAACAAAAUGUAAUCUUAAGCAGCAAAUUAACAGCAGUUGCCAAACUAGUAAUCACCUUGGAAUUUCUAAGCUCAAUGGUCAUAAAUGGCAUUAGGAUUAGCUAAUGUCUCUGGUGGUAACAAAGAAAUUUAUCCUUUAUAAAUCCUCAAUAACUCUUCAAAUCUUUCAAUAGCCAACUCAUAGUAAUAGUAAUUAUAACAACCUAAUUAAAUGCAGAUUUCUUCAUAGAUUAGCAACAAUUUUUAAUCAAAUAAUAGUGAUAAUUAAGCAAGUGUAUAAGUUAGCUAAUAACAAGCUCAACUCAUGUAACUACUCAAAACAAAUAAUAACUCUAUUAACUAGAACUUUUCUACAGCACAAUAAAAUUUUAAUAGCAUUAAUCCGAAUUUAUAGUUUUAAAAAAUAUUUGAAGAAUUUUAGCUUGAUCAAUAAAGACUACAUUAAAGGAAUAUAAUUAUGUAUAAAGCUUUGCAUAUGAAGAAUAAUGGAAAUAUGGAGGCUGAGGGUAAAAUGCUUCCGGAAGGUGGUUCAGAUAAUUAACUUGAUUUUUAAUAGGAAAAUCAAGUCAAUAAUUAGGCUGUCCUUGAAAAAAAUAACUUUAAUUUAUCGCGAGCUGACUAGAAUAAAGAAAAUAAUGAAGAAGAUGACUAAGAUGAUGAUAAUUAUGAAGUUUAAGAUUUUCGCUGGAUCUUGGAAAAAGGAACCCCAGCUUAGCAGAGAGAUUUUUUGUUAAAUAAAUUUGAAAAAAAUAAUUAAUAAAAUGUAAUAUCAAAGAAAAAGGAAAAUUAAAUCAAUAAUAAAGCUGUUCUUGAAAAAAAUAACUUUAAUUUAUAGCAAGCUGACUAGGACAAAGAAAAUAAUGAAGAAGAUGACUAAGAUGAUGAUAAUUAUGAAGUUUAAGAUUUUCGCUGGAUCUUGGAAAAAGGAACCCCAGCUUAGCAGAGAGAUUUUUUGUUAAAUUAAAUUGAAAAAAAUAAUUAAUAAAAUGUAAAAUCAAGGAAAAAAUGCAAAAAUAAAAGAUUUAGAGAUGAAAUAAUUGAAAUAAACGAAGAGUUAGAUGCUCAGCUUCAAGAUUAAAAGGACAAUGAUUAUGAUGAGGAAGCUUACGAUGAUAAUCAUGAAGGUGAAGAUGAAGAUGAAGAUGAAGAAGAAGAUGACGAUGACGAUGAUGAUGAUGAAAAUGAUGAAGAUUAGUAAAAUGUUAAAGAGAUAAAAGAUUAUUAACAGUUUUAAGAAGUUAAUAAGCUUUAUAGAUAGCAACAAAAAUCUUUAAAAAAAACUUCAGGAAAAAACUAAAUAAAUGGCGGAGAUGUAAAUAAAAAAGAUAAUAAAGCUGGAGAAAUAAUUUUAGAUGAUGAGAAUCCCUAAGGUGCUAGACAAAAAAUUGUGAAGAAAAAUAUUUUAAAAGCUCACUUUAGAGCAUAACAGAAAAAUUCAGACUCAAUUUCAAUAUUUAGUAAAAUGUAUAAUCAAGAUCAAAUAAAUGAAAAACCUGUUUUCAAAAAAUUUCCAAUAUAAAAAUAAAAAAAAUCUGAACAGUUAUUUAAGAAUUUGAAGAAAGAUAAUUCUAGUUCUAAAAACAAUGAAAACAUAGGCUAAGCCUCAAAUGUAAGGGAAUAAAUUCAAUCCUAUCCAUUAAUUACUGAUUUCUAAGUAAAUUAAUAGUAACUAUCCAACGAUUCUAAUAACCUUCUCCAGCUUUAAUUUAAUGUCGGUUCAAUUUCUCCUAUACACUAAAACUCAGAAAAUAGUGCGAGAAACAGAUUGUAAUAAGUCAAUUAAAAUGAAGUACAAUCAUCUUAACCCCAGUUUUCAAAUGCAAACAGCAAUUACAGCAACCAAUUAUUUUAGAAUUUCUUAUAAAUGCCAUCAUAAUUUAGAAUCCCUUAAAACCCUUAAUUAAUUAAUUUAGCAGCUGGUUUUUUAAAUAACAACCAAGCAUAAAUAGUACCAACAAUACCAGCAAGUGGUUAAGCAUAAAGUUAAGCAUCUAUUUAGUAAAUUGUUUAAAUUAAUUAAAAUGCCUAAACUAUAAAUACAGAUAGAUCUGAUUAUGAAAGUAGGAUACCUCCUAUAUAAUAGUUAAAUAUGUAAUAAAAUCAACAGCCUUCAUUACCUUUUUCUUUCAACUUAUAGCAGCUUACUCAAAAGGCUGUAAUAAAUAAUAAUUAACAAUAAUAGUAAUAAUAAUCCUCUUAAUUCCAUCAAUAGUCUGGCUUUCCCUACAGCCAAAACAUUCAAUAAAUUUAAUAGCUAUUCAGCUAAAAUCACUCUAGUGUACCAAGGAUGCCACCUACACCUAAUCAAUAAUUUUAUUCAAUAAAUCCCAGUGAAAUCUACAGAAGAGAAAAUUUAUAACGUUUAAUUAAUGGUAACUUGCCAACUUAAGCUGGAAUAGAUGGAGAAUUACCUUUAGAAACUCUUAAUUAGCCUUUACAGGCUUCUGCAAGAGGGUAAUCAUAGCAGCAAUAGUAAAUACCCUCACAAACAGGAUAGUAAUAAUAAUAAUAAUCUUCAUAAUAGCAACAGUAAUUAUAAUAAUAGCAAUAAUAAAAUUAACAAUAAUCAUCAUCAUAGUAAUAAGUAUCACUUUAAUAACCUAUAAAUUAAAAUAACAAUUAUUAAGGUGCAAACAGAAGCUAAGCUUAGAAGCAAAAUCACUUACCUCCUGAAGUAAAAAAAAUAUAUUACACUUAUCGCCAAAAUUAACAUCCUUAAGAAUAUGAUCCAUAAGAACCUUAUAUGAAAGUGACUGUGAUGAAAACAAAUUAAGACAAUUCUAUCUUAAAUAAUGUAUACUAUAUCACUCCAAAAGGAAUGGUUAAAUCUAAAAAAAAUACAGCUACUGAUGAUAUUAUUAUAGGCAGAUAAGAAAGUGCUAAACAGCCGGAACUUACUUAAAACGGAGAGCCAAACGAAAUCCACCCAAACGAUAUUGUCCUUCCACCAACUGACAGAGCCAUCUCUAGAAUCCACUGCAAAAUUAUUUAUAAACAUGGAUUCCAUAUCCCUAGAUUGGUUCCUGAUGACUUCUUUUUAUUUUUAAAAGGAAUAAAAAGAAGUUCUUUCUUAGUUAAUAUUCCGCAAAGAAUACCUGAUGUAGUCCUCAGACUUAUUUGGAAGUUUGUCCGUCCUAAAAAUUCUUUCUAUAUUGUUGAUAUAGGUAGCGCCUAAGGGACAUUCAUAAAAAUCCGUUACGAUAAAUCAUAGAUUAUAGAAAAAGGAUAGGUCUUCUUGAUUGGGGCAGAGACUUAAUUUCAUAUUCUCGAAGUAAAUCAUCACAAUUUUAUGUAGAAAGAUGAGUGUAGAGAAGAUAGUGGAGCUAUGACAAAUGAAAAUACUGGCAAUAUGGUAUACGAUGAAAAUGAUUUUAUCAACUUCCUUCUUUACGAGAAAAAAGCAAACACAAACAUACAUGGACUCACAGCUGAAGAAUAAUAAAAAUUAGAAACAUUAUAUAAUUAACAAGAUAAUGAUUUAUAAAAUAAUACUACAUAACUUGUUGAUAGCAAAAAGAAUUUCAGACCUUAUGUCAAGCUAAAAGUUAAUUCCACAUAAGUUUCUUACCAUCUUUUUGUCUUUAGUUAGUAAGCUUAAGAUUAAGGUUUCAAGAUAGGCCGUUCUCAAGAAUGUACUAUUCAGAUUAAUAUAAAUACUAUAUCAAGAAAGCAAUCUAGAAUAUUCUAUCAUAAAGGAAAGUGGUAGCUUAAGGAUGGAGAUAUGACAAGAGAAAGUGCUAAUGGAACAUGGAUUUCUUUGAAUGACUAUAGAGAAAAAAGUGAAUCAAGGAAUGAAAGUGACUAGAAAGAGAUAGAAGAUGGAUCUGAAAUAAAGAUAAGUGACUCUAUUCUUAAAAUAGAGAUUUGUAAUAAUGAAGUUAAGAAGGUUAAGCCUAAAUAUAGCUUUAACUUAGACAAUUUAGAUGACGACUAAAUGGAAGUGGAAUAAGAAAAUAGUAGGAAUAACGAAAAUUCUAUAAAUUCUUAAGAUAGGCCAGAUUUGGAUAUUACUGGUUGA